CGUGCGGGAGAGUUGUGUCGCUCGUCCUAUGACGCGUCCCAACCACGAGUGUGAGAUUCGGGAGACCGGAAGGGCUGGAGGACACAGGGUCUGGCCUGUAUUUGGGGAACUGAACGGAGAAUGGAAACUGAAAGAGGAAAACAAGAAAAGGCAAUGGAAGAGGAAAAUACUGCAAAUAAAAAAGAAGUAGAGAAAAAGAAGCGGUCUCGAGUUAAACAGGUGCUUGCAGACAUCACUAAGCAAGUAGACUUCUGGUUCGGAGAUGCGAACCUUCACAAGGACCGGUUCCUCCGGGAGCAGAUAGAGAAGUCCAGGGAUGGAUAUGUUGAUAUAUCACUUCUGGUGUCUUUUAACAAAAUGAAAAAAUUGACCACUGAUGAAAAGUUAAUAGCCAGAGCACUGAAAAGUUCAGCUGUUGUAGAGCUGGAUUUAGAAGGCACCAGGGUCAGAAGGAAGAAGCCUCUGGGUGAAAGGCCAAAGGACGAAGAUGACCGGACCGUGUAUGUGGAGUUACUUCCCAAAAAUGUGAAUCACAGCUGGAUUGAAAGAGUGUUUGGGAAGUGUGGCAACGUUGUUUAUGUGAGCAUACCCCACUACAAGUCCACUGGAGACCCAAAGGGCUUCGCCUUCGUGGAGUUUGAGACAAAAGAACAAGCAGCAAAAGCUAUUGAGUUUCUUAACAACCCACCAGAAGAAGCACCAAGGAAACCUGGGGUAUUUCCUAAAACAGUGAAAAAUAAGCCCAUUCCUGCCUUAGGAGCAGCUGAAGAGAAGAAGAAGAAGAAGAAGAAGAAAGCCCGGGUGAAGAAGGAGGACAGUGCCCCCGCACAGGAGGCGAGUGUGGACGCAGGCAAGGAGAGCAGCGUCCAUGAAGCGAAGGGGCCCAGGGCCAUGUCCGAGGGCUCCGAAGGGGAGGGCACCGAACCCCAAAAGCCACCCUCGAAGAAAAAGAAAAAGCGGGUUCGAGCUGAAGCGACCGGCUUACCUGUGGUGCGAGCAGAGAAGAGGAAGCGGAGCAGCUCUGAGGAUGCAGGGUGCCCGGCUCCCAGGCCCAAAGUCAGGAAAACAGCCCAGAAGGACAACCUGAAAAAAGCCUCAGAAGUGUCCAAAGAAAACAAAGAUCUAGAAGUCUCCACUGAAGAGGAAAAGGAGACAGGAGAUACGAAAGACGGAUCACUCUUAAAAGCGAAAAGGAAGCAUAAGAAGAAACACAAGGAGAGGCACAAAAUGGGAGAAGAGGUUAUCCCUCUACGGGUCCUGUCCAAGAGCGAGUGGAUGGAUUUGAAAAAAGAGUAUUUAGCGCUGCAAAAAGCCAGUAUGGCGUCAUUAAAAAAAACAAUAUCCCAAAUAAAAUCGGAGUCAGAGAUGGAAAUAGACCAUGGAGUAACUAACAAGUCUGGGAUGAAAAAUGAAAAAGCCAACGGGGAGGCCCGCUGCCCCCAGGAGAAGGCUCAGGCACCAGGGCCGCAGUUCGUGAGCGGUGUGAUUGUGAAGAUCCUCGGCCCCGAGCCCCUGCCUGGCAGGAAGGUAGUCAAGGACACGCUGGCCGCCAUCUCAGACGUUGUGUACGUCGACCUGCUGGAAGGAGACACCGAAUGCCACGUGAGGUUCAAGUCCCCCGAGGGCGCUCACGCCGUGAUGAGCGCACAGGCAGACAUCAGAAAGAAGCACAGCUGGGAGCUCGAGAUUCUCUCUGGUGACCACGAGCAGAGGUACUGGCAGAAGAUCCUGGUGGACAGGCAGGCCAAGCUGAACCAGCCUCGCGAGAAGAAGAGGGGCACCGAGAAGUUAAUCACCAAAGCUGAGAAGAUUAGACUCGAAAAGACUCAACAAGCAAAGUCCAUCAGAAUUCUGGAGGCUUGCGCAUUGCCCCGCAGGGACCCGUUUGCUCUGGUCCCGUGCCUGAGUAGGCCACACUGCUCUGGGCCGCCACGGGACACAGGGGCCCCAGAGCCCUGCCUGGGAAGGAAGCGCCCAGCGGCUGGUGAGCGUUUCUUCACCUGUCAGUCAGCAGGACAGGUCCGUGCAGGACCCAGCAACGUUCUCGAGACAAGUGGCAAGAACGAGUGAGGAAGACGGUCAGCAGUCCUGUGGUCACAGGAGACGGAAACUGUCCGUGAAGCGCAUGUGCACCGGGAGCUGUGGGUCAGAGUUUCCGAGAAGGUGGAGGAGCUCGAGGUGGAGCAAAGGAACAACACAUCUGUCGUGAGAGGCAGGGAGGCUCGUGGAGCCCGAGGAAGAAGCAGA